UUUAUUCUGCCAAUUUCGUAGUGGGUAUAAACUCGGGAAAAACACACACAAAAAGAACUGAAUUAACACUCCACCCAAAAAAAUUAACAAAAGUUGAACGACAGUCGCAGAAAAAAUGUAAAUGUCCGAAAAGAGCCACUGCCACAGAUAAUGGUCUUGUCCGUUGAAACUAUAAAAGAAGUUAAAUGAACUGCAACUACUAAAUGUAUUUGCUGGAACGAAGGAUAUGUGAUAAGAAAGCCUUUCUAUGGAGCAUUUUUACGGUGCAACUGAUCCUGAUCGCUGCGGUUGUAUUGAUUUUUGGCUCUUGGAAUACCAACGAACUGUUCGAAAUCGACGGAAAUGUGAAAUUCGUGAAAAACUAUUCCGAAAAUGCAUUCACAAAUGGUGUUAGCGAACUGAGUCGCAGAAACAACGACGUGCGACGGAUAGACAAAAAUGGAGACUUCUCCAAAGAAUUUAUCAAUUCGAGCUUAGAGGAUGAGUCAUUGUGCUUUCGUGAUGGCAUCGAGCCGGGCGACGACAAUUCAAUUUGCAAAUGUAAAUCCGAUUAUCACGGAAGAGACUGUGGCCAGCCGGAGGUUUUAUGGCGUGCCUUUAUGACAUCUAAAAUUCCAUUAAAUUUAGCGCUCCCGCGACGGGAACCGCACAAAAUCAUUUAUUUCAUACAAGCAACGAUCAUAUCCAUGGAAACGCUUAAAAUUCAAAUCAUGGAACUGAAUGAGAUCGUGGACCUGUUCGUUCUAUGCGACAGCAGUGUGACCAGAGACCAGUCGUUCCGGCUGAAUGCCACCGAAUUUCUGAAGCAAAUGGACCGGAAAAUUUUGGUUCUCAGCGAUCGCAAGUGUACGCCGAAAGUGGUGUACAAGAAAUUCAGACGGGGUGUGGGUGGUGAAAAGGGCGUCACUGCCGAUGACGUAGUUUUGUUCAGCAACAGUGACGAGAUAUUGAACUGGCGAGCUGUGAAAUACUUUAAGUGGUACGACAAUUGGCCGCAACCGGUACGAUUUCGUCUGAAAUACACCGUUUACGGCUACUAUUGGCAACAUCCGCAGAAUACAAUCAUCGGAAGUGCUGCCUGUCAAAUUAGCAUGUUGGAGGAAAUAUUCAAAGGUGAUCCGGCACGGAUGACAGCAACUAAAAAAUCGGGAAUGAUUGUUGGGGAUUUGAAUUAUGUUGGAGGAUGGUUUUGCCAGUACUGCUAUCAUCCGUUGGAAAUUGUGAAAAAAUUGCUACAGGAAGAGAAAGACGUUUUUCUCGACGACAAAAAAGUGAUUGACCCAACGUACAUCGAACAUUUGAUUGGUAAUGGUCUGUAUGUGGAUGGGAAAAUCGGACUGACAAGACUGCAUCGCUUUUCGGGUAAAUGUUAUGCUCCGGAUUUUGUGUCGACAGGUUUGAGCUGGAGAUACCAACAUAUCUUAACAAAUGUGUACGCGACUUAUGAUGAUUACGAAAAUGAAUGAGAUUUAAACGGGAGGAAACAGAAAUUUUUUUCUCACACUUGUGAAUAGAUAGAUUGGAAUUAAUAAUAAAGCAAACUUAACUUAAACAGGAGGAGCCGAAUACGAAAUUGAAUUCUAUUGGCAAACAUCGAAUGAUCGAAUUAUCUCUCGAGCUUUAUGGCGGCGGUUUUGAAAUUGUUUUUUAGAUACAUUUUUGAAAAUAAUUUCAAUUUAGUCUGUGAUACGAAAUUUAGUUUUAGUCAUACACGUUUUCGAAUUACGAGAAAUUCUAAUUUUUAACGAAAAUGCAAACUCGUCCGCAAAGUUUGAUGAAUUUGGUGAACUUUUGCGCUUCCAUUUUGUAUAAUUUGUAGUCAUUUCGGUUUGAUUCGAUUUGGGAUUUUCGUUAUGAUCGGCUUUCAGGUCAAGGUGUAGGUGCAGGGCUUGGCUUAUCUUCAGAAUUUAUUUCGGGAAUUUUUAAGAAAUUCAGGAGGUUCAAGAAUUUGAAUUUUAUAAAUUCGAUCAUUUUCAUGAAUUUCAGGAAAGUUCUUGCAAUUUGUAACAUAUGGAAAUUCGUGAAAAAAUUGCAAAAAUGAAAAACCGCAGAAAGUUCCAGACUUUUCGAAGCGAGAACAAUGGUUUUGAUUUCAAAGAUACUUUGAUAAAGUAUUCUAAGGAUAAUGGGUCUGGAUGAAAAGAAAGUUUUUGGAGAAAGAAGGUUUUAGUGUCAAGCGCGAGGGGUCACGCACUUCGUCAAAUUUAAUCAAUUUAAUCCAAGAAAUACAUGAUAAUUCCAUUUAAUCCCUCGGUCAAGCGAGAAAUUAAUUUUUAGAAACGGCUUGUCAUCUGUUAUCAACAGUGAUGACAAAAAUAAGCGAUGAACUGUGACAAGUAUUGCCUUACAUAGCAAAAAAAUGUACAGUAAAACUAUGAAGUUCAAGAUUUGAUAUGCACCUUAACUUCAAACAAAAGAAGUAGUAGAUUGAAUCGUUGUACUAGCGAUUCGCUUACCUCUUUAAGAAGAUUAAGAAUAUUUUGCUUAAAUUCGUGCAACCAAUUUUAGGUUACCACAAUACCAAUAACAGGAUCAUUUAUCAAAGAAUUUUUCAUCAGAAUUCUCUAAGGGGAGUAAGGGACUGAGAAGUAAAAUGCGAUGUCAUUGGCUGAUCCAAAUGAAGAUUGAUCUUGCAUACUUUGAAGAAUUUUGAAUUUUGCUCUGAUGAUACAUAAGUUCCCUUAAUACUCGAUUGCCUAAAAUUGUCUACAAGUUCCAAAAACCAUAUUCAAUUCGAAUAGAAAACCGCGCGGUCUUCAAGAGCUUGCAUUUUCUGACCUUUUGGAUUUGAAAUUUGACCCAGCUUUACUAGAGCACAUCGCUUCUCUAUUUUUGUUUUUUUUUUUGUAGCAUGAGUAUUUAGGACAUAUAAUGACAAUUUUUACUAACUCUAAUUUCGAGAUAAGGAUUUUUUUGAUGUACAUAAAACAGAGGAUGAGAUUAUUUUUUCUAUCAAACAAUUUGUAAAUGGCUUUUAUGGACGAAAGUGACGAAUUAAUAAGAUAUUUAAAAAA